CACACUGAAGCACAGCUCAACAUGAGGGUGGUAAACAUGGGUCCAGACCCCUCUUUGGCAUAUCGACCUGAAUGUCAUGAGAAAGACAAAACUGAAUUUAGGAACUUUGAGAAUGGAGAUCUGUUCGACCGAGUGUUUAACACAUACAAGCUGAUGCACACACACCAAACGCUGGACUUUGUCAAGCAGAAGCACCAGGUGUGGUCGAACUGCAGUCACUUCAGCUUGUCCAUGAUGGACAGCAUCGACUCCCUGGACGAGCUGGUGGAUGAAUCCGACCCUGAUGUUGACUUUCCCAACUCCUUCCAUGCGUUUCAGACGGCCGAGGGAAUCCGCAGAGAGCAUCCUGAUAAAGACUGGUUUCAGCUAGUUGGUCUGAUCCAUGAUGUUGGAAAGGUCAUGGCCUUGUAUAGCGAGCCGCAGUGGGCUGUAGUUGGAGACACAUACCCAGUGGGAUGCAAGUUCCAGAAUUCAAUAGUGUUCAGAAACUCAACAUUUGAAGGCAAUCCAGAUGGAAAGAACCCUGCACUCAACACAGAAUUUGGGAUUUAUGAACCCCAAUGUGGCCUUGAUAAGGUGCUGAUGUCUUGGGGACAUGAUGAGUAUCUAUACCGGGUCAUGAAGUUCAACAAAUGCACAAUACCUGAGGAGGGUCUUUACAUGAUCCGUUUCCACUCCUUCUACCCCUGGCAUUCAAACGGCGACUACAUGCACUUAUGCAACGAAAAAGACCAGCAAAUGCUGCCCUGGGUCAAAGAGUUUAACAAGUUUGAUUUGUACACCAAGAGCACUGAACUACCAGACGUGGAGAGGCUGAAGCCGUAUUAUCAGUCUCUCAUUGAUAAGUACUGCCCUGGGGUACUGCAGUGGUAAAUGUGUGCCGUAAUUCUGUGAAUCCAUCCAAUUCCAGUGACACACACUCAUUUGUAAAUACUGAAUGAUGAGUGAAUCAUGUGGGUUUGGUGAAAAUGCUAGCACUAUAUAGAUGUUCUGAAUGAAAAUUAAAAGACCACUGAAAGUUCA